AUGGUUCGAAAAUUGUCAAACAUCAGAGAGCCACGGUCCGUGGCAGUGGACAAUACGACGGAUCACAAGAAGCUGGAAGCGAGCGAGUUCUAUACCAACAUGCGUCAGACAUGCUCAAUACUCAUCGAAUACGCUCGAUGUCGGGAUUUCACGCCCGAGUUUGCGAUCAAGCAGAUCGACUCUUAUUGCAUGGACCUGGAAGAACUUUUACGCAACAGCUCACUGGAACCGACGUUACGCACAUUCAUAAGUACAGACGACCUCUCAACCCUUGAACAAUCUAUCAGACAGAUCGAGGAACUCUGGCAGAGCAGAAUAGUUGAGUAUCUACAGGAAAGAAUAGGCGAAUUGGCCCAGAGGGUACAUUCCGGUUCGUUCUCAAUAGGCACUGAAGUUGAGUUCUCCCUGCUGGGUCGCCAACUUGCUCGUGUUCAAGCCAGACAACGAGUGCACGGGUGGAACGUUGACAGCGAGGACUGGGAGCGGUUCACUCCUCAAUUUCUGCACGACGAGGUCAACGUCCUGGCUCACCAACUUCUGACUUUGCACAACCAAUACCAGGAAAGCCUGUAUCUCAAUACUGUAGAAGAGGAACCAAGCCUAUUCUACCUAAUCUGGAAGAAUCUGAGGCGUGCCUUCGAGGUGUUCCAACAAAGUACUGACGGACACGAGAAUGUGAACUAUCCUCUCGAAAGUGAAUUCUUUGAGAUACCCUUUGUUCGGUUUUGUUUGGAAUGGAUUUGUCAUCCGGCUCAACCUGACUUUUAUGUUCCUGAGGAGAUCGAAAUCAUGGUCGCUUGCUAUUGUCAAUUCAUCUUUGACCACGGUGAGCAAGCAGAGACACGUUCUCUAGGACUCGAUGGAUUGAAUACCAACUUGCCAUUGACACAUGGCGCUAUUGAAGCACUCAUGCUGUUUCCGACCGAGCGGGAAUGGAACGCCAACGCAGCGAGAGCUUUACACGAAGCAGUUUUACGGCUCAACUACCUGACACAUGGUCCCAUAGUCUAUCGGCGCCACGAGUUUUGGACUGACUACUGGUGGGUGAAAGCCCAUCUAGACGAUUCCAUACUUGAGAAAUUACGCCUGGAUCGAAACGAAGAAGUGGUGUUCGAACAUAAGCAACGUAGCCUCGUGCGGCAAUUGCCAUCAUUCGAAGAAAAUGAGGCAGGAAGGUUUACGAAGACCGCCCCACUCUUCGUUGAAGAUACGGACUCUUCGUCCUCAGAAGCAUCGAACGAUAUGUUUUCACAACGAUAUGCUACGUUCUAUGGCGGCAACUACCUUCUGGGCAUGGCAGAUGAAUCUUUCAGGGAUACGCCAACACUAACCUCUCACACGGCAGCACCUGUUGUCGAUGACGAUGGUCAGGUUCGGAUGUUCGGAGGAGAAGGUCGACUGCCUUCCUCUGAUCGAAGCGUCAGCAUGUCCAUCUCGGAUGGUCCAUCCCCAACUGUAGGGGCCACAAAUCAUGGUGUCGAUGGCCUGCAUUCCGAAAGUAUGCAUCGUCCAGAAGAUGCUUCUUCGUCGCAAGGACCGCUACUUGUUGGUCGAAACAUCACGAGCAAACACGACUACGUGUAUUACCCUUGGCCUGACAAUCGGGCGUCAGAAGUGGCAAAUGACCGUCUCGUUACACGAGAUCUUAGCAAUCCAAGCAUCUAUUCCGAGGGACUGAAGGUACGGGACCUAGUCAAUCUGCCUCCCAGACAUUGCAGAAAGCCAGGAUCUUACACGGUCUAUGAUUAUCAGAAACGGAAGCCCUUUGGACCGUUGGACUGCAUCAAUAUCUGUCGUAAAGUCAUUUCUUAUCUGAUUUUCGGAGACAUUCAAUCUCAGACGACUAUACUCGCCCCACCACACAUCGUCUCUCGUGCCAGUGGUCGCCACUACAAACACAGUAAGGCGCUGAUGGCCAAGUACGACACAAGAAGGAGGGUAUCGAAAGCGUGA